UCAGAUUCAAAUGUGAAUAACAUGAGUAAUGUAGGCGGUUUGGAAAAUUCUGCUAAGUUAAAUAAACCCAAACCAGAGGAACCAGAAGCUCCUGUAACACCAGAGGAACCAGAAGCCCCUGAAACACCAGAGGAACCAGAAGCCCCUGUAACACCAGAGGAACCAGAAGCCCCUGAAACACCAGAGGAACCAGAAGCCCCUGUAACACCAGAGGGACCAGAAGCCCCUGAAACACCAGAGGAACCAGAAGCCCCUGAAACACCAGAGGAAACAGAAGCCCCUGAAACACCAGAGGAACCAGAAGCCCCUGAAACACCAAAGGAACCAGAAGCUCCUGAAUCACCAGAGGAACCAGAAGCCCCUGAAACACCAGAGGAACCAGAAGCCCCUGAAACACCAGAGGAACCAGAAGCCCCCGUAACACCAGAGAAACCAGAAGCCCCUGUAACACCAGAGGAACCAGAAGCCCCUGAAACACCAGAGGAAACAGAAGCCCCUGAAACACCAGAGGAACCAGAAGCCCCUGUAACACUAGAGGAAGCAGAAGCCCCUGAAACACCAAAGGAACCAGAAGCCCCUGAAACUGAAACACCAAAGGAACCAGAAGCUCCUGAAUCACCAGAGGAACCAGAAGCUCCUGAAACACCAGAGGAACCAGAAGCCCCUGAAACACCAGAGGAACCAGAAGCCCCUGUAACACCAGAGGAACCAGAAGCCCCUGAAACACCAGAGGGACCAGAAGCCCCUGAAUCACCAGAGGAACCAGAAGCCCCCAAAACACCAGAAGCACCAGAAGCCCCUGUAACACCAGAGGAACCAAAAGCCCCUGAAACACCAGAGGAAACAGAAGCCCCUGAAACACCAGAGGAACCAGAAGCCCCUGAAACACCAGAGGAACCAGAAGCCCCUGUAACACCAGAAGAACCAGAAGCCCCUGAAACACGAGAGGAAACAGAAGCCCCUGUAACACCAGACGAACCAGAAGCCCCUGUAACACCAGACGAACCAGAAGCCCCUGAAACACCAAAGGAACCAGAAGCCCCUGUAACACCAGAGGAACCAGAAGCCCUCGUAACACCAGAGGAACCAGAAGCCCCCGUAACACCAGUGAAAAACCAACCAACCGAUAUGGAUAUACCAGCACCUACCCCUGACAAUGUUGAUGAUAAGCCAAUAAACGCGGACCCAAACAUGAACCUUACGACAGCUUCCUUUCAAGUUGGAUCAUCAGAUGAGAGUUCAGAGUCGUCAGAUGAUGAGAUGGAUGGAGGACCACUUGUUGUGCAUCAGCAAUCUCCAAGGGAGGAUCUAGCAGAGGAUUUGAAGCAAGCAUUAAAGGAAAGGGAGGAAAAACAGAAGCCUGCCACCCCUCCUCCUCAGGAAGACCUCCAGGAUGAAUCAUUACGAGCACGACGCGCAGAGGACUUCGUCAAUCUUCCACCAAAACUUCCUCCCAAGCUCCGAGAAAAAUCUUGCAGCAUCCCAACUAAGGAGAAAUCGCCUUCCAUAUUUCAUGUUAAAGAUAAGACGGCAAGCUUGGGCCGUGGCAUGUGGUCGGACGAUGAUGUAACACCUUCCAUUCCGAGUAAAUCACGAACCAUCGGAGGGAGCCAUCCACCCCCGGAUAGGAUUAUUGACUUCACAAAUACGGGUAAAAAUAAUAAGAAUCAAAACAAGAAGGGAAAGAAAGAGAAAAAUCGGCCCACGGCGAACGACACAUACAAACGACAAUCGAUGAUAAGUCUUCAACCUGAACCACAUGGUGAUGAUACAUCGGAUCCGUACGACAGCGUGCAUGAGGACGACGACCUGAAUAAACUUAUACUAGAAGCUAACAGUUUAAAGAUACGCGGUCAACAUGACAGAGUUGAACCUGUGGAAACACUGUUUCCAUCUUACAAAAGAAGCCACCAGUUGAACAAGGAGUUGAGGACGGAUCUGACCGGAGCGUUCGCGAAGUUAGCUGCCGACAUUGAACCAGUAGAAGUUAUACGAGACGCUGAACCAGAUAUUAUGUUAGUUUGUGAGAUCCCGGUUAAAAACGCUCGAAAGCGAAAGUCUGGGUUGCCCGAGGAUUCUCUUCCUACGUCACAAGAUCCACUAGAUGGCGAUGAUGAGAUCUCCCUCGCUGAGUCCGACUUCAGAUUCCCAGUACCUCCCUCUAGUGUUGGGAAGAUGGACGGGUUGUCGGCUAACGAGGUUUAUCCCUCUGAUUACACGGACUUCGAAUCGGCAUCGGAGUCCGACCACACAGAGGUCGAAAGCAGGAUAGAGGUAAACCCCCUUAAUUUUGACAUCACGCCUUACGAUACUGUUGCUGAUCAAGAGACUGACUGGGAAAUCCCCAGAACCAAGAAAGAUGAUGAUGAAACAAACCUCAUUGUGAGCGAAGAUUACCAAAUAUGCACCGACCUUCGCAACCGAAACACUUUCCCGCGGAGACUUCACGCAAAUAAACCUGUCGCAAAAGAGCGCACCAGUCUCCACGCGAUGGCGAUAGCGCUCACCGACCCUUCAGCGCUCUCAGCGACCACGGAAUCGAAGCGUCGUGCUCCGUCGCACUUCGUGGUUGAUCGACCGCAGAUCCUUGUCACCCGGGGAACCACCCACCCAGAUGGGGGUUACGAGCCCCAACACCAUGAACCCCAUUUCCAACCAAGGGUCAAAAGUAGAACGAAGUCGGAAGGGAAUUUGGUAAUUUCCGAACCCCAAGUAGUUCCACAACCCCAGGUUAUUCCCCAACCCCAAGUAAUUCCCCCAGCCCCCCAAAUCCAUGUUUCCGUCACCCCAAACUCGGACAGUGAUGCAACAACGCUUGGUAACCAUGGUAACUUGAGGAUAAAUCUUCUUCCCUCUGAGGAUCCAAACAUUAUCAACCUUAAUAUUAGGAAUGAUGUCAUCAAUCGUGAUGUCAUACCACCAAGUCAUGACAUCAUAAUACCACAACAAUCGGAGCCUGAAAUCUCACCUUUACAAGUACAACCAAUGACAGAGAUGACAGCGAUCACAUACAGACCGACGACCCCCCCAACCAACCCAAGUUCACCGCAACACAGAGUGGUUGAUAUUCCACCCGUGGCUGCUAUUACACAUGAACAAGAACUUCCUCAGCAAGUUGAGGUACAACAGGGUGUCCCAAUUUACCCCACCCUGUCCCGACAUACCCCUGAACAUCCCAAACAUAUUGAACCUGUGGUUGUGACAUCACAAAGCCACUUUGUCCAGGAUCGGCCAAUCAGUGACGAGCACGUGGUCAUUGAGGUGGAAACCAUGGAUAGGAGACGAAGAUCAAGCGAAGGGAAAGGUUUACGACACGGUGGUGACAGCGGAAUUGAUCUUUCCAAUUAUGAUAAUAACAGAGACCGAUUGUCUUCGGAUCCAUCUGAAUAUGACAUCAAACGAAGAUCAUCCAAGCGCGUCUUAACCAAAGAUACCCUUCAAUCCAGCAGUCCUUAUAUGGAGUGGUACAAACGCCAUUAUUUGAAACCAUCGUGUUGCCAUCUUUUCAUUAAGCACAUUCUAUGUGCCAUAAACAUCAUAUUUCUUAUCGUCGGUUUAUGUUUGGUUGGCUUGGGGUUAUGGGGGUUCAUUAGCCUUUUGACCUCAAGUAACCCCAAGACAUGGAAGUUGUUCAUAUUUGACCCAAUGUUCAUUGUUCUAAUUGUUGGCGUCAUAAUGACAGUUGUGACGAGUUUGGCAAUCGUGGGGAUCAUGAAGGACAGUGUUUGUGUCAUAAAGUGUUACAUCACAAUGCUGAUUAUCUUGUGCAUUCUUUUUAUUGCUGGUGGGAUCGCCUUCUGGAUAUUGAGGCCACAAGUUUCACAAUUCACGACAACUUCGUUAUCCUCGCUGAUAUCAACGUACAACUCGACCAACCGGAAAGCCUCGUCCUUCGUGGUUGACCGACUUCAAACAAUGCUCCUUUGUUGCGGAUCCGUUAAUUACACGGAUUGGAACCGGAACAGAGACUAUGAUUGCAGGAAUCCAAUCAACUGCUCUCUACCCCCAUCUUGCUGUGAUGACAACCAGGAUGUUUGCCUUGGAAGUGGUGGUCGACCUGGAUGUAUUGAAUCUAUGACAUCAUGGAUAAAGAACAAUACCCCGUUGUUGGUUGGUGUAUGGGCGGGUCUCAUUGUCGGUUUCUUUAUCUUUCAGUUUGUUGCCGUUCAUUUUCAUAUUCGCGAAAUAACUUUCCACCGAGCGCUGCGCGAGAAGAUUGCUUCGUAUGAGGCCGGUGAUGGUGACAUCACAGAUACCUCAUUGUCAUCGAGCGAAUCAGAAGACGAGGACGAUGGUCGUCAACGGCGACGAAAACGACGGAGCUAUCGCGUCAAUUCCGGAUUUGUUGACGAUUAAAAAAAAAUUUAUUAGUUUUUUUUUUAAAUCUGCCUUUGCUAUUUUGAACUUGACUUUUGUGUUUGUAAAUAGUGGUGAUGUCAUAAUGCUGUUUAUUAUUCACAAUGGAAGAUAUAUAUGACAAUGUACCAUUUAUGACAUCAUAGUAGCAUUAAUGACAUCAUGAAUACUGCUAAAAUAUUGUCGACUGCAGAAAAUUUACAAAUAAACUACGGCUAGAUGUGAA